AUGUUACACUGGAGGGGAGGUAGACAGGAGGGCGGCAAGGGAGAAAAGAACAGAAAGGAGAGGAGAGAAGAGAGGGGAGCAGAGAGGAGAGCAGAGAGGAGAGCAGAGAGGAGAGCAGAGAGGAGAGCAGAGAGGAUGGGAAGAGAGGAGAGGAGAGAGGAGAGAGGAGAGAAGAGGAGGAGGAGAGAGGGGAAGAGAGGAGAAGAGCAGAGCAGAGAGAAGAGGAGUAGCAGAGAGAAGACAAGAGAGAAGGGAAGAGAGAAGAGAAGAGAGAAGAGAAGAGAGAAGAGAAGAGAGCAGAGAAGAGAGCAGGAAGAGAGAAGAGGGAAGAGAGAGAGACGAGAAGAGAGAAGAGAGAAGAGAUGA